AUGACCAUCCCCGCCGAUAUCCUUGCUGCGUCUGCAGCAGGGAGAAUCCCCAGCAAUGUCUCGCUGGAAUACCUUGCCCAGUCCCGCGAUCGCUCCGCCAUCGUGGGAAUCAUUUUCAUGGUCUGUCUCACGGGCCUGUUAAUGAUCUUACGUCUGUACGCCCGAGCCUAUAUCGUCAAGAAAAUCGGUUUGGAUGAUGCAUUGGCCAUCUUGACAUUUGUAUUCUACAUACCCAUCGUCGUCCUCUGCAUCGUCCUCAUCAACCUAGGUAGCGGCCGACACAUCGAAUACAUCCAGUAUGUCCUCUCCAUGCCCACAGUGCGCCAAACCGAAGUCCUCGACUUCGUCGCCCACGUCCUCUACACAACAACCCUUUUCCUAUGUCGCCUCUCCGGUCUAGCAUUUUACUACCGACUCACUGCACGCUCAACAAAAUUACACAUGAGCAUCCUCGUCGCAGCUCCCCUCCUCUUCGCCGCCUACCUCCCUCAACUCUUCCUCCUGAUCUUCCACUGCAGACCAGUAACUGGUCUCUGGCCCUACGAAUGGCAAAUAGAACCUAGAACCUACAAUUGCCUCACCUGGGGCUUGGUCUACUCCGUCAACUCAGGUGUCUCCCUCGCAUGCGACAUCCUCAUGUUCACCAUCCCAGCAAUUCUCAUCAAAGAACUGCAUGUUUCAACAAAGAAGAAGGUCAAACUUUCCAUCGUUAUGUUCCCGGGUGUCUUCGUAAUCGUCAUAUCAGCAAUCCGCGUCUGGCUAGUGGCAAUAGGCCAAUGGGACCCAGACGGCAGCUGGGCCUAUAACCCAAUGCUAUGCAUCGAGAACGCCGAAAUAGCAGGCACAUUAAUCGCGCUCUCGGUGCCAGCCCUUAAGCCAGUCUUCGGCAACGUCUUUGCCCACCUCACUGAAUACACAUCCAGCCACACGCGCUCCCGAUCCCGGUCGACGAAGCUGCGCAGCCUUUCCAAGCCGCUUAGUGGUGUUGCGUCUAGUAAUCGCGAUAACAAGCGGUUGAUUAAUUGGUCGAAGCUUGGUGGUGAUGAUUAUGAGAUGAUGCCUAGUGAGGUUUCUGUUGGGACGAGGGAUGGAAACCAUGGACAGGGGGAUGGGGCUAGUGCCAGGGGUGUGAAUUUGAAGGGGCCUGGUAUUCACGUUACUAAUGUUGUUGAUGUUACUAGGGUUGAGAGUCCUGAGGGAACUAGGGGGGUUCUGGUCACAGGAGCAACCGGUGGCCUUGGCUCACAGGUACUCUCUCACCUUAUUGCAAAUGUCCCCAGAUCAGAAGUCGCAGCAGCAUCCUCGAAAGAGGCAAACCGCAAACAAUUCGAAGACCGAGGGAUCGCCUUUCGGGUGGUCAACUACGAGGACCCUCAAACGCUGGAGUCCGCAUUCGAAGGCGUGGAGAAUCUGCUUUUUGUGAGCACCAAUACCUUCGACGUCGAGAAACGCCGCAAGCAACACCAGAGCUUUGUGGAUGCAGCGAAGAAGAUGAAUGUCAAACAUGUGUGGUAUACAUCUCUCGCGUUCGGUGGAUACGGUUCGGAUUCCAAGGCGAAUGUCCAACAAGCCCAUCUAUUGACAGAGGAAAUGAUGAGACAGGCUGAUAUCAACUUCACAUCUAUCCGGGAGGGCUUAUACACCGACGCCUUCCCAGUGUUUAUGGGGUGGUAUCCCAGCACAUCAACCAUCUACCUCCCAUCUGACGGCCCGGUAGCAUUCACCCUGCGAGCAGAGUUAGGUGAAGCCACAGCGCGAUUGAUGAUGCGUGGAGGACAUGACAGGGAGAUCGUACUCCUCACUGCGCAACAAACCAUCACGUUCUCGGGCAUUGUGGAUGUAAUCAACGAGACAACCGGGCGACAGGUUCAGUUCAAGCUUGUUUCUCCGGAGGAAUUCGCCACGUUAAAAGCAGCAAAUGACGAGGGAGGAAAGUCGGAAGGGUUCUUCCAGGCCUUGAUAUCUUGGUAUGAUGCGAUUUCGAAGGGGGAGACGAGCACAAUCGAUCCUCUUAUGGCGGACUUGUUAGGACGGGAUCCCGUGUCGCCGCGGGAUGCCAUUCGGGAUCUGCUGACGAGGGAUCGGGACUAUGAGUGGCAUCAGAACUAUGUCAAUCGGGCUCAUUGCUGUCCUUUCUCUCCAUCUCUUCCUCUCCAGGUGUUUUUUCACCUUCCGAUCGCCCGCCAUGGCCUCCUCCGCACCACCUCGCGCCUCUUCGCGGCGUCGCGGCCGAUGUUCCGCCCUGCCUUCGCCCGCACCUAUGCGACUGUUGAGCCUACUCCCAGCGAGCAGCCCAAGAUGAAGACCUUCAAGGUCUACCGCUGGAACCCGGACCAGCCCAGCGAGAAGCCCCAGAUGCAGUCCUACGACCUCGACCUCAACAAGACCGGACCCAUGAUGCUCGAUGCUCUCAUCCGGAUAAAGAACGAACUCGACCCUACCCUGACUUUCCGUCGAUCUUGCCGUGAGGGUAUUUGUGGUUCCUGCGCGAUGAACAUUGACGGUGUCAACACCCUCGCCUGCUUGUGCCGCAUUCCCACGGAUACCAAGUCCGAGUCUCGCAUCUACCCUCUGCCUCACACCUACGUCGUCAAGGACCUUGUCCCUGAUCUGACCCACUUCUACAAGCAAUACAAGUCUAUCAAGCCAUAUCUCCAGCGCGACACCCCUACUGAAGACGGUCUCGAAUUCCGCCAAAGCCCCGAGGACCGCAAGAAGCUCGACGGUCUUUACGAAUGUAUUCUUUGCGCCUGCUGCUCAACCUCCUGCCCAUCCUACUGGUGGAACAGCGAGGAGUACCUCGGACCCGCCAUUUUGCUCCAGUCCUUCCGCUGGCUGGCCGAUUCCCGUGAUGAGAAGACCGCUGAGCGCAAGGCUGCUCUCGACAACAGCAUGAGUGUCUACCGUUGCCACACCAUUCUCAACUGCACACGGACUUGCCCCAAGGGUCUGAACCCCGGCCGCGCCAUUGCCGAGGUCAAAAAGAUGUUGGCUGUCUAG